GAAGACCGACCUCUGUCUCGGCGUACCUUCUGUCCCUACCCGAGGAACAAAUCGGUCACCUUCUCCCCUACCGCCACUGACCCCCGUGCGAUCGUUGGGAUCGAGCCAGGUGAUAAAAUUCGUUGUACAUUGCACCUCCGGAAAUGAGUUUGGACAGUGAAGAUCAGGAACUGCUCGAAAGAAAAUAUGUAUCUGAAAAGCAGCCUAAAGUAUCAUAUACAAGAGAAUAUCUUUUGUCUUUUAGCAACUUGGAUAUUUGCAAAAAAUUGCCCAGUGGAUUUGAUGCUUCAAUAUUGAGCAGUGAGUUCGAUGAAGCAUCAAUUAUUGUAAAUGAGCAACAAAGAGGUGUUGGAAGAUUAACUCAGAGUACAAAGCACAGUGAGUAUGGAUCAUCACCGCCAAAUAGGUUAGAAACCACAGGUAGUUUUCCUCGAGGAAACUUUGGGAGGUGGGAUGCACAUUCGUCUGGAACUAGCAAUAAAGAUGGAGAUGUUCAAUCUAAUCAUGAAGGAAGUACUCAAGACUCUGGUAGGCAUUCUGGAACCCAAUCUCGACGUUUCUUGCAACAUCCUGAGCAUGAUGGACUUCUGGGAAGUGGUACAUAUCCAAGACCUUCAGGAUAUGCAGGAUCCUCAGCACCAAAAGCUAGAAUGGCUGGUCACUUUCAGCUUAAUAGAACUCAUGAACCUUAUCAGCCCCCACGACCUUAUAAGGCUUUACCAUUUCAACGGAAGGAUGAUAAAGAUUCAUGUAAUGAUGAAACAUUUGGUUUGGCUAAUUAUUCAAGUGAGGACAGAGUGGAAGAAGAGCAGAGGAGAAGAGAGUCCUUCGAAUUGAUGAGAAAGGAACAACAGAAAGCACUGCAAGGGAAGCAAAAGCAGAUUCCUGAUAACCAAAAAGAGAAACUUGAUGCCGAUAUUAUUGCAUUACUAGAGAACUCGGCUGAUAAGAAAAGCAUAUUGAAUGAAACUCACAAGGCGGAUGAUUCUUCUUCAUUGUCUAUAAAUGAUUCUUCCAGGCCUCUGACUAUGCGAGUGCCUCUAUCUCGGCCACUUGUACCGCCCGGUUUUUCUAAUACAACACUGAACAAAAUCCUUCCUAUUCAGCCUUCAAACACUAACUCGUCGGAGGCUAGAUUUGUGGAUACUGUGGACAACCUUCCUCUAGAUGGCACUGAUAAUGGUCAAGAAAAGAGGAACCAAACAGAUCCAUUCUUGAACAACAGAAUGCUAAACAAUGGCUCUAUAUCUGAUGUCCUUGUCAAUGACACAGAUAAAAUUGCGAUUCCAGCAUCAGGUCUUGAAGUUAUGAAGCUGUUAGCAGAUGCUGAAAACAUAUCCUGUGCAGCCUCUGGUCUUCACAAAACAAACAAAGUUUGUGAAGGAAUCCUAGAGAAUGAUGAUUCAGGCAAAAAUGAGAAGACUUCUGAGAUUACACACACACUUGUUGAGGAUAGUUCUCUGUUAAUUCUGGAAAAGUUGCUUGGUCAUUCUCUGUCAAAAAGUUCUGGCAGUCCAAUUUCCUCUGAGAAUCAAGAUUUUAAAACAGAUGAAGAGACUUGGGUUCCUACAAUUUCUGAAUCUUCUAAAUUUGCUAGUUGGUUUGUCAAAGAAGAAAACAAGCAUUUGGAUGAUUUCUCAUCAAAAGACUUGCUCACUAUGAUUGUGAAUAACGAGAACGUUGGGUCACCAGCUUCUGUAGAUUCUUCUAACAAAGCGAUUGAGCAUAUGGCACCAAGCUUACCAUUCAAACAUAGUGAUAUGACAAAGAAACUUGAUGCAUCUCCUGCACCUAGUCCUGUUGUACUCACAUGUGAGGACCUUGAGCAGUUAAUCUUGACUGACACUAAAGGCAGCAGUUCAAAUCUGCCGCAUGCUGUUCUGGGAACGGGGAUGACAAAAGAUGGAAAAUUGGAACGGCAAAAAUCUGAAGUUGAUGAUCAUGCGUCACAACAUCUUCUUUCUUUAUUACAGAAGGGGACAAAGAAAGAGAAAGAGAUGGUAUCAGUAACAUCUCCUGCUCUGGAAAUUGGAUCGCUUGAAAGAUUUUCCAUAACUGACACAUGUUCUGGUGUUAAUCUUGGGAUUGUUGAGUCCAAUUCUUGCAACUCUGAGACAGUGUCCAGCUCUGAGAAGAACCUAACACUCGAAGCAUUAUUUGGGUCAGCAUUUAUGAGUGAGCUCCAAUCUGCUCAAGCUCCAGUCUCUGUACAAAGAGUUGUGGAUGAUGGAGUCAACACUACUGCCAUUCCGACAUCGCUUGGAUUGCCAUUUCCAAGUCCAGAUGUCCAAUGUAUUCUUGGCGUUGGCAAAGAGCAAAGAAACUCUCCUGUUGAGGACUUGAAAUUUAGUGCUGCUGAUUUUGAAGAAAAAGCUCCAGAAACGCACUUGCCAGAUGAGCAUAGUUUGAUUUCUGGAAUGACAUCUUCUCAGUUACCUCAUAGGAUCAAUCGUGUGAGGCCUCUUGACCCAGGGUUGGAUCCUCUUAAUAGGAAUCAACAGAUGAAGUCUAUGGGUCCUGAAGGCAUCCAUCAUUGCCCUUACCUUAAUUUUCCUGAAAAUAUUGUUCCAUAUAAUAAUCCACAUCAUGGGAGCGAUCCACGCAUCAAUCCUGCUGCCUAUAAUUUGAUGUUGCAGCAGAUGCCAAUUCCGGGAAACUUUCCCCAACAGGUAUUUCUUCAAGGUUUGCCAAGAGGUGUACCGCUAUCUCAUCCCAUGAAUCAUAUGCAAGGGUACAUACCCAAGAUCAGCAAUGUGCACAAUAUGUCAUUACAUCAUCAGCAGCCAAAUUAUGAUGGCUUGGGAAUGGGAAUGCAAGGAUCUCUUGUUGGAAGUGGCGGAAAAAAUCAUCCGGAGGCAUUUCAGAGGCUGAUCGAGAUGGAACUGAGAGCUAAUGCAAAACCAGUUCACCCUGCGGCUGCUGGCAACAUUCCUGAUAUGUAUGGUCCCGAAUUAGGAAUGAGCUUUAGGUAUAGUUGACUAUUAACAAUGUAGUGCUUUCGUAUAUCACCAGAAGGUUGUUGAACCCCUUGUCUGCGCCUCGGUGGAUGAUGUUUUUUUUUUCUUUUUUUUUAAUGCUGGUGUCUUUUUGCAUUGUGUAUGAUAGCUUUUCGAAUAGCCUCAACAGGAGGUCUGUAUGUUGAACACUCCCCUCCCAGAAGAAGAACAAAGAAGUAGGAUGUAGUUGAUGGCGAUCCAGAUGAGAGGGAGUCGGUUCUUUUUUUGUACUGUGUCAGUAGCUCAUUAGAACAAAACUUUUUAAGGUUCUGCUCUAAGCCUCUAGACUGUUUUAGUGUCGGCAAGAGGACAUGGUAGGGUUUGAUAUCGGUGCAAUGCUAAAACUCUUUUUUCAGA